AUGGACGAUUCCCGCCGAUCGUCUGCCCCGCCGAAAGAGCCCAAUGGCCGCGUUUGCACAGUGAGUUCGGAAGAUCAAAACGCUCAGUUAAAAGCCAGAUGUUGAGGUGUGCUCGGACCGCGCCAACGGCUACAACUUCGGAGUGCUCACCUGCGAAUCCUGCAAAGCGUUCUUCCGAAGAAACGCGGCGAAGCAUCACGUGAAUAUCACACGCAAUCAUUCAAUUUCCUAAUCAAUUCAGGAGAUCAAAUGCCCUUUCUCCGACUCGUGCCAGAUCACCUCGGCUUCGCGCAAGUUCUGUCAGGCCUGCCGACUGAAUAAAUGCUUUUCGGUGGGAAUGAACAGCGACUGGUUGAGUGGUGACGUCCGGCCGAAAAACGGAACAAAGUUCAAAAGACGGAAGGCGGACAUUCCGAUGAAAAUGGAAUUAGAGGAAGAGGAAGAAGAAGAACAGAAAGAGGAGAAGGUCACAGUCUCGAAGGCGCUGCUCGAGAAGCUCAUCCAGAACAGUUCCGAGUGAGUCUAGAUUAUACUUUGACUUUGAUCGGAUGAGAUACGAUACAGUUGCAAUGCAGUAAAAACGUCAUUCCGAGAACUUCGGUCCACUGAAAGUGUCAUUAUUUUUCUUAUCAUACAACUCUGGAAACAGACAACAGUUGUAUUUUGUCUUCAGAAGCACAAAAGUAACUUGCAGACACUCGAAAACUCAUUGCACUUGCACAUGCCAAUGUGGAUUCUAUCCGCCUUCUCAGAAAUUGACUGCUUACACGAAGCCUGAAGAUGUGAAGCCGAAGGACGAGAACUGCUGCUCCGAGAUGGCCCCUUGUGAAAGCGAGGACAACAAACUUUGUCUGGUAAGCUAUGUGUUCGUUCUUGUAAAUCAAUGAACUCUCAGGUUGCUCCACAAGAUCGGUCAUUCAGCCAAGCAGUCCAGCACUCCGAUCCAUUUCUUUUCUCUUCGUCAUCUUCGUCUUCAACUCAGUCGCCAUCCUCACUUAUCAGUUGCACUCCAUCGCCACGCAAUUCCAGCACCUACAGUACUCCCCAGCUCCUCCCACAUUCCCCUUCCACCUACAUGAUAUCACCCAACAGUCUGUUCGGUACGGUUCUAUUUUCAUCUUCUUUUUCAUUUGAGAUUCUUUCAGAAAUGUCUCCUCCAUCGGGUCCUUAUACUCGCCUACUUUCCCCAAACACCUUCGAAAUGAUGCCUAACCUUCCCAGUUCCUUCUUCCCUCCGAUGCCGGAUUUCAACUGGAAUGCAGCUUUCACUACUCCGAGUGGAUUGGCACUGCCAACGCAACAGCCUCCUGUCGAAUUGCUCGAGCGUAUCCAUAAAAGUAAACUGAUUCUUGUUUUAAUAAAUAAACGGUAUCAUUUCAGACAUCGACAAAUACAUUGGUACCCUUACGGAGCACGAGAUGAAGUAUUUGGAAGAGUUGCACGUGCACAAUGAGCCACUCAGGGCUCCGCUUCAAUCGUAUUUCGACGCGAGGACUGUGGAAGGAGUUGCCAUGAUUCUUCGCGAAGCUACAACACGGAUAAUAACCAUGAUCUGUCAGCUGUCGACGUUCCGAGCUCUCCCGCAGCAGGACAGAAAGAACCUUUUGAAAGACGGUUUCUCACAAUUGGUGAUCGUUCGAGGACUGAUGGCGUUCGACAGAAAUGCACAGAGCUGGACUCACUCGUUCGGUUGCGCCAACAAGAUGAUAGUUAGACUUGAUGUUCUGAACGAUCCGAAGACUUCCGAACAUUACAAAGAGCACAAGGCGUUCAUCGACAGCUUCGACGAUGACGUGAAGAACCACGAGAGUCUGAUGCUCAUUUUCAAUGCAAUCGUCAUUUAUCAUCAUUGUCGGUUUUUUCUAUGACGUGGAUGCCGAGUGUCACGUAUUUUCGUUUCAGACUUUACUAAAUUGACGAAUCAAGAGUUGGUACGCAGCACAGAAACAAUGUACUUUGGAAUGCUGAACAAGUACGUUUGCUGACCGCACUUCAACUACAGUAACCUUUUCAGAAUCCUGAUCGCCGAUUUCGGAGAAGUUCGUGCUGAUCAAAUGUACAAAAAACUUUUGAAGCAAGUGAUGGAACUGAAUGCUGUGAGCAAGAGUUUGAUGAGAGUGUUCUACGGACUGGAUCCGUGUAUUCUGGAUCCACUUCUUUUCGAAUUGAUCAGUCAUGUCUGA